UUGUCCUAGGGAGUUGUAGUUCGCUGCCUUCGUAGCCGUUGGGCAAAAGAGCCGUAAACUACAUUUCCCGGCGAGCCCUUCUUCUCGCUGUGACGUCACGUCCGGGCGGGCCUUCCAUGACAGGAUGUUGUGAAUGUUAGCAUGACUGGAUCAGGAAGGCGGGGUCUGUGUGAUCGGAGGCAGGUAGAGCCGGAUGUGUUGGUGUUUUCUCGGUGCCCGGCUCACUGUCACUGUGCUUCUUGUACCUGCAGGGAGGACACCAUUCCGUGUACAGACAUGAAGAUCAAGGAUGCCAAGAAGCCGUCUUUCCCUUGGUUUGGUAUGGACAUUGGUGGAACCUUAGUGAAGCUGGCUUAUUUUGAGCCAAUUGACAUUACAGCAGAGGAGGAGCAAGAAGAAGUUGAGAGCUUAAAGAGCAUCCGUAAAUAUCUGACUUCAAAUGUAGCCUAUGGUUCUACAGGCAUUCGAGAUGUCCACUUGGAGCUGAAAAACCUGACUCUCUUUGGCAGGAAAGGAAACCUGCACUUCAUCCGAUUUCCCACACAAGACCUGCCAAGGUUUAUUCAGAUGGCAAGGGAUAAGAAUUUUUCAACAUUACAUACUGUUCUGUGCGCAACAGGCGGCGGUGCAUAUAAAUUUGAAGAAGAGUUUAGGACGAUCGGUAACUUGGAACUGCACAAGGUGGAUGAACUGGAUUCCCUUGUUAAAGGCUUAUUGUACAUAGACUCUGUCCGUUUUAAUGGCCAGGCUGAAUGCUAUUAUUAUGAGAAUGCUUCACACCCUGAACAGUGCCAGAAAAUCCCUUUUAAUCUUGAUGACCCUUAUCCUUUAUUGGUGGUGAACAUUGGUUCUGGAGUCAGCAUUCUUGCAGUCCAUUCCAAGGACAGCUAUAAAAGAGUAUGUGGUACAAGCCUAGGUGGAGGCACUUUCCUUGGUCUCUGCAGUUUACUGACAGGAUGUGAAAGCUUUGAAGAAGCUCUGGAAAUGGCAGCAACUGGUGACAGUACAAAUGCUGAUAAAUUAGUACGGGACAUAUAUGGAGGGGACUAUGAGAGAUUUGGACUUCCAGGAUGGGCAGUAGCUUCAAGUUUUGGAAACAUGAUUUACAAAGAUAAACGAGAAUCUGUUAGUAAAGAAGAUCUGGCCCGUGCUACAUUGGUGACCAUAACCAAUAAUAUUGGCUCAAUAGCCCGGAUGUGUGCUGUCAAUGAGAAAAUAAACAGAGUUAUAUUUGUUGGUAAUUUUCUCCGGGUAAAUACCCUUUCAAUGAAAUUGCUGGCAUAUGCAUUGGAUUACUGGUCGAAUGGUCAACUUAAAGCGCUCUUUCUGGAACAUGAGGGUUAUUUUGGUGCAGUUGGUGCUCUUCUAGGCUUGCUGAAUUUUUCUUGAGUUGUCCGACAUUUCCUGCCCUGGAAGUAGUUCUCUGGAAUGAUUUAUACCAAUGAGUGGGCACACAUGAAGAAAAAUGAGACAAUGUUGAUCUUUCUUUUAUUAGUACAUAUGUGACAAAGCACUGAACAUUAUGAGACCAAUUUGGAAGCCAUGUUCAUGUUAAGGACCUCCAUGCUGACAAUGUUGCACAUAUGGCCCUUGCAGCAGUAAACAAUCUGUAUAUAGAGGCAGGAUUUCUAAAGCAGGGGCAUAAAAGAGCACAUGCUAUACAGUGUUUCCUGGCAGCCAGUUGGUCUAUCCAAUGGUUUGUGCAUCUAACAUUUGGCCUGUAAUAUGAAUGCCAUUUAGUGUGCACCAGAGGCAUUUACUGUUCUUACUGUAGCAAUGCGCACAUGUUCAUGCAGUCAUUCCUUCUGAAUGGUGUCUUGUCAUAUUAGUGAGCGAUCAUUUAUAAGGGGGCAGCACUGUGUAUUUACGGUGCAGCAUUUUCCUUUUAGGAUUUUUUUUCUCUUGAUCGUAUGUGGUAAUGUUUUUGUAAAUAGAACGCUCUUCAUUUUCUACCAAGUCAAACAAGUCCAUGUAUAUUUGCCGUGGAGUUGUCUUGCCUUAAUAAUCCUGACCAACAUCCAGUUUUCAUGGUAGCUAACACUGCUUUUGAUAAAUUCAGAGCCAAUGCUGCAGAAUCUGUACUUAGUGGAUGCUUGUCCUUGGAUGCAUCCUCUCAUUCCUUUUUUUUGUGACCAGUAUUACGAGUGCAGUUUAUAUGCUGUCAAGUAUUUCUGGGGAGUAUAAAAUGCCUCUAAGUAUCUUGUUUAAGUCUCAUCUGGCUGUAACUACAUGGCAAAUGGUUCUUGAAGGGUUUUAUUCAGUGUUUUUGCUUCUGUUUAAGCCAGGGCCUGUUCAGCCUUGGGCAAUCUUACACCGAAUUACAUACAUGUCAUGAUUCGGUGUAAUCUUACAAUGUUAUGCCUUAUGAAAUGCUUAGAAUUAGAGGUUGCACACUUACAGAUGCCUCUCUUCAAAUGCAAUUGGCUACAAUUUAAACGGACGGAUGGAAUAUUACAGCAUGCAGAAGCUGUAUAACUGGCGAUAUCUAUUUCCUAUCUGAAAGUCAUAGAUAAAAAGAAUCCCAAGAACUUACUAAACCAUGGCAGGCAUGUGAAAUCAACCUGUAUUUCACAAAACUGUAAGUUGCAAAACCAGGAAAGAAAAAUAUAGGAAUUGUACACUUUUUCACCUUCUGAUAUUCUUUACUUGACCACCACAUUCUCUGUCUUCUAUUGCACUGAACUUUGCAUUUAUUUAGUAAUUGUUAUGAAACAAUUGCUAUUUAAAGAACCCGUUCCCAUAUCAUAGGAUGGUGUGCAUCAUCUAAUGCUGUAGCUGUCAUGUAAUUCAAAGGUACUUGACUGGAUAUGUGCCAUAUAUUGGUAACAUUUUCACUAACAGUGCAUUAUGAGUAGAUCAAUAGAACUGGCACAAACCAUUGCUGCUAACAAAUUUUACUGUGAAUCCAAAGAACUUUUUGCGCAUGUAAACUGGAACUCAUACCAAUAAGAAACUGUCCCUUUCUACAUAUGUGAAUAUAAUACAGUUUGUUUUGUUUCAGUAUAGUCAGUCAUACAUGUACAUAAUUUACAAGGUAUGACAAUUUUGGUGCGAAUAUCUGUAUAUGAUCGUGCAUGUGUCAGCAGCUGCUUGCAUGAAAGGCUUCUCAUUGGAGAUAACAAGCUGGGCACAACCUAAAAUUGAAGGUAGACUUUUUUAAAGGAUAGGGGAUAAGAUGUCUGAUCGUGAGGGUCCUGCAACUGGGACCCCUGCAAUCUCUGUGCAGCACCCAGUGUUCGUUUAGAAUGCUGGGUGCCAGCGGCGGGGGUCGUAACGUCACGACCACGCCCCCUUGUGACAUCACACCACACACCCUCAAUGCAAGUCUAUGGGAGGGGCAUGUCAUGAUGGGCGUAGUUGUGACGUCACGACCCCCGCCGCCUGCUCCAAGCAUUUGGAGCAAAAUGUUCCGAACGAUGGGGCAGCGGAGUACCCCUUUAUUUUAAAUCAACUGGUGCCAGAAAGUUACAGAUUUGUAAACUACUUCUAUUUUAAAGUCUUAAUCCUUCCAGAACUUAUCAGCUGCUCUAUACCACAGAAGAAGUUCUUAUCUUUUUGAAUUUCUUUUCUGUCUGACCACAGUGCUCUCUGCUGACACUUCUGUCCAUUUCAGGAACUGUCCAGAGUAGGAGAAAAUCCCCAUAGAAAACCUAUCCUGCUCUGGACAGUUCCUGACAUGGACAGAGGUGUCAGCAGAGAGCACUGUGAUCAGGCAGAAAGGAAAUAAAAAAAGAAGAUAACUUCUUGUGGAACAUACAGCAGCUGAUAAGUACUGGAAGGAUUAAGAUUUUUAAAUAGAAAUAAUCUUCAAAUCUGUUUUAAAUUUAUGGUGCCAUUGGAGUACCCCUUUAAGCUCAUACAGUAAAUAUUUGUAAAAAGAUUUUUAACUAUUUCAAAGAAAAAAAAUCCAGUUCUGCGAAUUCAUAGAUUUUAUAGUCUGUUUGCAGGAUGCUUUAACAUGCCAUAUCACAUUGUGGAACUCCAUACAGUGUCUUAUUGAUGACUAAAAAGUAGGUAGCGCUGUAUUAAAUUGAACAAAAUUGCACUUGCCCCUUAUCCCCAUUUAAAAUUGUGAAACUGGUCUAAACUGUGGGCCUAUUGCAUUGAGUUGUGAUAAAAUAAACACCAUAAAUGUUUGCACUUAACAUUAUUAUUGUGGCACUUGUUUGGACAUUAUGCCUCAGAUGUUGAAGAGGUUGUCUGGCACCAGAAAAAUAUUUUAAAUGAGGUAUGAUUGGCAUAAAAAAAAUCACCUACUGCUCUUCAGGUGCCUGGUCCUCGUCUUCUUGGGUAAUCACUAGCAAAGUUGGGUGUCCCCUUUUGUUGUGGUUAUGGACAAGGAAACCCUGGGUCAGUGCACCUUCAGAACAGAAAUACCAGGUGAUUUUGCAGGAUGAGCGUAAAUAUGUCCAAUAUUAUCUUAUAAAAAAAAUUAAGCCAGCAGAAGCCCUCAAGGAAAAAAGUUAGCACAACGUCUAUAAAUAAUUUGGUUUUAGAUACUUAAUAUUACGAUAUACCCAGGGGCCUUGUUGCCACUUAAAGGAAACAUGGUCUCUGAAUAUUCGCUAUGGACUAGUUUGCCGUUUUCUAAGACAGUUUCCUAUGCUGUAUGUGUAUUGCGUUGUUUUUCAUUGUCUGUUAAAAUUGUUCUACAGCAUAUUCAAGUAACAGUGACGUCAGAUGUCUAAACGUUUGGUACCUGUAUUAAAGGUUACACAGUGAUGUGUAACAAAGCAUGAAAUCCAUGUCAUGUUUAAACUUUCUUUUCAUUGCAUAUUCCAUUGUGUUUUAUGUUGUAUAUUUUGUUUCUGAUUUUGUUUUUAUUUUUCAACACUUUUACUACCUAUGGUGAUACAACCAAGCUUUUGCCCAGUCUCAGUUCGGGGUGAAGGUGUUCUAAGUAUAUUGCAAUAACAUUGGUUGGUACAGAUGGUAAAUAACAACAUAUUCAGUCAUUUCCUUUUGCUCUUUCUAGAGAUUCUCCAUUAUAAAAGGUGGAGGGAUAUGUAUAACAGUUAAGGAUUUCUACAUCUCAUAACAAAAUUAACAGCUUAAAGGGGUUGAUCACCAGUAGAGAUGAGCGAAGUUACAGUGAUUUGAUUUGUCACGAACGUCGCAGCUUGGCAGUUGCUGGGGAGUGGUGGAGAGUCUCCUAGGACUUUAUCCACAUUUUCCACCCCACCGGAGCAUCUGAAAGCUGAACUGAUUUAUGCAGGCUAAAGUCAGCAAACGCUGAGCGGAGACGUUCGUAUCAGAUCACUGUAACUUCGCUCAUCUCUAAUCACCAACUUCAAUAACAGAUUUCCUGAAAGGCCCUAAACUUUUGUGGCCCAUUCAUAUGUUAAGGCCCUCUAUCUUACCCUUGCUGCUCAAUAAGACCCACCUGGCUUCCUAUAUAUGGGCUUUAACAUUACAGAGCCUUGGUCUUCAUGUUCGUAGCUGAUGAUCAUGUGAUUAUUCCAUUGACUUCAAUGGAAGUGGGGGGGAAACGCACUAAAAAGAUGUGACCUGUUACUUAAUUAAUUCAAUGGGAGCUUUAGGUCCAUUUUUUUCCCACACUGCCCAGGGCUCAAAGAGAGGACACUUAUAGAGCCCAUGUAAACAUACUUUAAUAUGGUAAUAGAAUGUGGCCAACUCCCUAUAAAGCAAACAUGUCAGGUAGCUAAUGCUACCAUAACUGAAAGCAGGGUAUAAUAGGGGAAGAGAAGCUGAACUCUGUGACAUUAAAGGUUUACAUGGUUUUAAACAGAAUUUUUGAGAAAAGCAAAACAAUAUUCUAACAGGACUAUCUGCUUACCCCAUCCACGUUCAGUAAAUGAGUUAUCCCUGUAUCAGUGUAUACGUCAAGCCGUCUGUGUGGGCAGUGUAAUUGGGACUCUCCCUGUCGCUGCUAGCAGUGCAGUCCGGCUUUACUUUGCUUAUUACACAGGAAUAAGGCACCAAAUCACUGUGCUUCACUUACCGUAUUUCUUUCUACCAUAUUCUGCCGACAGUUUAGCUUGUAAUGUUCAUGCGCCACCAUUUGUCAGAAAAUCCACUUUAAAUGUAUAUAGACAGCCAUUUAGAGGGGUAUUCCAGCUUUAGCAAAGAAGUUGUAAAAAUAUACAAGGUUCUAAUAUAUAUAUAUUCUGAUAUAUAUCCUGUUUAAAUUAGUCACAGUUUUAUCUACAUGCAGUCAUACAGUAUGAAGGGGCUUCGGGACUAUUUGAUGGGAUGUUUACCCCUCUAGCAUCAUGUUUGCAUCUCUAUUCUAAAUUGUACAAUAGAUUGUUAGCUGGGUAGGGGAUAGUUUAGCAAUAUAAUGCUUAUUUUAUUUAAGAAUCCAGGGUUUUUUAUUACAUUAAAAUGCACUUUUGACCAGAUAGUGUAUUACCCAUCAAAACAAAUAUACUAAACUGAAGUUCUCAUUGCUGAAAAGGAUUCUUAAGUUUAAAGUGUUACUUGCAAAUCUCAUAAUAUGAAUGUUCACUUGUUCCUAAAUUAAUGUCAUUAGUCUAGUAGGAGAAAAAUGCUGCUUCUUUUGGAGCAAAAACAGCACCACUCCUGUCCACAGGCUGUGUGUAGUAAUGCAGCUCAGUCCCUUUCACUUCGAUGGAGCUAAGCUUCAAUACCAAACAUACGGUAACUGUCUAAUUGUUUAGGCUAUGUUCACAUAGGUGUUGGGACUCUAUUAGUAGACAGUCCUUUUUCUGUCAAAACGUCAAGAUUCCAGUGGGCCUUUUGGGCAUUUCUGGUGUCCAUUUCUUACAUUCUGAUUCCCACAAGCUCUCAUUUAAAAAAAAAAUGUUGUUUAAUACUUAAAUAGUUAACAUUGUGGAGUCACUGAUGAAGUUUGUAUUAGGGAGAAUCUGUAGCCCUAGCCAGUAACACCCAUUUCAGAUAACACAAUACAUUUGGUCCAUGGCAAUAUUAAAGCUACCAGAUGCAUUACAAACCCAAAACUGGGACUUUUGAUGGUUUAGUUGAACUGCGCUUAGAUCUUCAUAGUACCCUUCGAUGAUCGGCCGUCUUGCUCUUUGGUGAGUUUAGGUCCUGCAACCAUACUACUGAAGACAAAUUAGGCCAUUUUGUGGCCUCUCUUCCUUAAAUAACAAUGUGUCACUUUUUGAGAAAAUAGAUUUUACUGAUGUGUAGUUCUCCUUCUAAAAUACACACACUUUGUGACCACAGCAUGGAAGUUACACAUUAGAAUGCCAGGCAAACCAAUAUAAAACUGCUUACAUGGUGAACUACUUCUAAACAAACACACAGCGAAAAAAAAAAUUCUCCUGAUGGUUUCCUCUGUGCUCCAAAAGCUUGAAAAUAGAUUUUUUCUGUCUACCCAAUAAAUGCUACACUAUUAACAAUAUUUGUCUUGUUUGACACAAAAGUAUUUACUAUCAUUUGCAGCAAAAUGUAUAGUUUUAUAGCAGCGUCUAGGGGCCACCAAAAUACUUUGUCAUACUCGUACAACCUUGUGAUUUCAUUUAUUUUGUUAGUAUGGUUCACACAUUUGCAGAUUUUCCCCAAAUUACAAUGCAACUUUUUUUUAAACUGUCACUAUCCUUUCAGCAUACUUUGAUGAUAAACUGGAGUGUGAACAAGAUUAAGUAUUUCUGGCCAAUAUAUUACUUCUUUAAAGCUUGGUUACCCAGGUUUCCCACUCUGCAGAUUUCCUCUCUGAUUUUCAGUUGUUCCUGAACUAGUGAGUGUGUAGCCUAGCCUCUGGUGUUUCCUAUACGCUGAUAAUCCACAGAAGAUGUGAUGCCACUCCCCUAGAUCUAUAUAGCACAUACUCAGAAGCAGUAGCAGCAUCGGGGACAUUAUAGAGCGGUAUGAACUAUAAAUCAAGCACUGAGGGGAGAUUCUUUGUCUGUGUCAGGCCACCCCUUUCUCUUUCUAUGGGCAGCUGUAACCUGAUACUGUCUGAGUAAUUAAAGCAGAGUGUAUAAAUAGGAAGGGAGAAGAGGAGAGGAGCCUAAGAAGUGGGGAAAGGAAUUUUAAUACAAAGGCAGUUCAAUAUAUAUGUCUUAGUUUCCCUUUGUUGCCACUUAUUCUGUUUUGUUCUUCUUUAGAAAAAAAAAACCUGUAACUACUGUAAGUGAAAGUGACCUAAAAAUGUAUAUGUUUGUUUGCCUAAUGCACAUUAUGCCAUUUCCUGUUCACCUCCAUAUUAGAGACUUAAAUGGUUUGUCUGUAAUACUCCCCUGAACGGCAGCUUCAAAACAAUAAACCUUGACUUGCCAAUCUCCUUUCCCCUGGUGCUGCUGGACUUGCCAUCCUGUCCUCCAUCCCUGGACUUCUUCCUGCUUUUGAGGGUCAAGACGUCACACCACCGCACAGCGGCAGUGUCAUGUGUUAAGUCUGGACACCAGGAAAAAGCUGAGGCCAGGGUACUCCGGCUCAGCAGCCUAUAGCCGGCUCUAUCAGGACUUUGCUGUGACUGGCUAUUAGCUGAAUGACAAUGUUAAAUGUGGACCUCCAUAAGCGGGAAAAAGACCAGGGCCGGAGGAUGGGACAGCAAUUCCGGCAGCAUCGGGGGACUGGCAGUAGGUAGGUCAAGGUUUAUUCUUUUAAUGCUGGCAUUCUGGGGAUUAUAAAUUAGAGUACCCCAUUUAAGAGUUAGAAAUUAUCCUCAGUAGCUCAGCCCCUUUUUACUGAUAAAGAGAUGCAUUUGAACAACAGGGUUUCUAUUUUAUUCUAAUCCAGGCAACCUUUAACUUUUUUAUAAAUAAUAUUUUUAGUCUGCUGAAUGCCCUAUUUGUGUUUUCUCUUAGGUAUGUAAAUGUAUUUUUGUUUAUCGUCGCUACAAAAUUUGGAUUGGUAAAUCUGUGUACAGGUAACAAGUAAGUGCUCUGUAAAACUCUCAGUAGUUAUCUGUAUGUUCUUUUAAAAUCGGUAGCACUCAUUCCAUUUGCAUUUAAUAUUGUUUGUCUAAUGCAACAUUUUCCUGUAUCAUAUAUGCCUUUUUUGUGUUAACACUAGACGGAGGAAAGAGAAUCUGUUUGUACGGACUUAAUCCUCUUCUUUUCUCUCUAGUGUGAAAUGUUCUGUGCUUAUUUUGUUACUGUUCGGAACCUGACCAUAUUGUGAAGACUUUGUAAUGUGGUACAGGUUUUAACAUGCAAAGAAUAUGGUAAACUAUAGCUAAAUAUUUGUAAUACGGAUAAUGUACAUUUUCUAAUUUAUUUCUGUUAAUAUGAUUAAAGUUUACUGAAUGUACAGAAAAUAAUUAUUUAAUUUCAGGGCUAACCUAUAGGUUUAUAUUGAUCAAGCCUCUAUACAAUAAUAAAAACUUUGCAUGAGCAAUUGUUUUAUUCCUUUAUUGCUAUCUCAUGUUGCCUUUACAUUGCCUUCAAAAAUAAAAAAUAAAUUUCA